AUGGGUGCCGUAUGGCACGUUGGAGGUGUUUCUGCUGCCCUUGGUAGCCCCCCAGCCGGAAGCCCUGGCAUGUCUAGCCGCUUUCAUAGGACAGGAACGGUGGCACCCACAUAUUCAGCGAAGUUCAAUCGUAAGGAAACCGAUGCGGAACAAUAUCGAAUGCAUGAAGCACGCCUUGCCUUGGCUCUAGAUAUUGACCCGGCUUCCAGGAUAUUUGGGUUCUCAAUCCCGCAAACCCCACCAGAUACACCAUCUAACGUUGUAUCUCCGAGUCGUGCCCGCGCUCCGCUUACCUGGAAGGACGACGCAUGGAGUAGAGGCUUUGAUUACCCACCUACAUCGCCAAAAGCUGCCACAAAAAAGAAUGGGAAAUUUAUUCCGGCCGUUCCUUUCCGUGUGUUAGAUGCCCCAUUUCUAAGGGAUGAUUAUUACUCUACGAUAUUGGCCUAUUGUCCAAAAGCUAGGGUCCUGGCUGUUGGCCUUUCAUCGCGAGUUUAUCUUUGGUCAGAGCAGCAUGGCGUAACGAACCCACCACUGCAGCAAGCCUCUAGGCACAACUUUGUGACCUCUCUGUCCUUCUCUUCCGAAACUGGGGGUCGGAGUAUUCUUGCUGUAGGACGUCGUCAAGGACAAUUCUAUCUCUGGAGCACUUUUGAUCAAGACGUUCGAUUCAAGAAAAUCUUUCCGGUCGGUGUGGCCUGUGUAUCCUUUAGAGAUACCCCUUCUAUUAGAUCGUCUGAAUUGUUUCCACGCAUAUCUGUGAAUGUUGAGCAUCUGGCCGUGGGUGAUGAUGCGGGCAAUGUUUGGUACUAUACCGUGGAAUGGACUACUCCUAAGCUAAGGAAACGGUACGGCUGGGACGGAAAUAUGACUCUGGUUGCUAGGAUAGCCGCGCAUAAACAACAGGUUUGCGGCCUUGCCUGGUCGCCAGACGGAAAAUUCUUUGCGACAGGGAGCAACGACAACAUUUGUCUCGUGUUUGACAUGGAGAAUAUUCUAGCGGGUGCUUCACAACCUGAAAUACCGGGUGCGAGUGCUCAGAGGCACUCGUGGAGGACUCGCCAGUUAGAUCAGCUACUACUUUUACGCCACCGAAAUUACAGCACCAUAUCAUUACUGUCUGGGUCUAUGACGAGAAACGACACCAGAGAUGCGGAUAGCGGUGAUACUGAGGACUAUUCUUCCGAGUCAUCCCAAGCGCAGACGGUUAUUAUACGCGCAGACCGAGAGAGACAUAGGUUGAAACACCACGCCGCAGUUAAAGCCAUCUCAUUUGCGCCCUGGGAACCGGCCCUCCUUGCUACAGGAGGUGGCUCGAGUGAUCGUUGUAUCCGCUUCUGGCACGCCCCUACAGGGGCAUUACUUGCCACGAUUAACGUCUAUGCACAAGUUACGAGCCUAAUAUGGAGCAAAACACGACGCGAACUAGCAGCAACCUUCGGAUACGCCCAUCCCCGCCACCCCUAUCGGAUUGCCGUCUUUGCCUGGCCAAGCUGUGAACAGGUGCUGGCAAUUCCCUGGGCAACAAGUGAGGACAUGGAGUAUGGAAUUACCAUGCCGGGGCGAGCAAUAUGGGCCAUCAGCUAUCCUGGCGGCCCUAGCGAGAUGUUGGCUUAUGCACAAAGUAGGAUGCAAACCGGUGCCGAAAGUCCUGAUAUUGAAACGCACGGUCGCUCGCUUUCGGGCGCAAAUAGGCAGUCAACCCAUGGGCGUGGGGAUAAUCCGCCUUCCAUGUCACGAGUCGCGCACACGCAGGGUCAUACCUGGUUUCCUAGAACGGAAAGGGAGGGAUGCAUUGUUAUUGCAUGCAGCGAUGAAAGUAUUAGGUUCCAGGAGGUUUGGGGAGGCGAGGCCCGAAGCUUGAGAGGAGGGACUGGCGUGUUUGGGGGGAAGCCAGAUCCUCGAAAGCUUGCACGGACAUGA